UCUCCAUAACACUACACAGAAUAAAAACUCAAUGAACGGUCCCGAUUUCUCUCCAAAACCCAAAACGACCAAACCAACACUGAUUAAGCCAGAAGCAGUCGUGAUCCAGUGCGACAGCGAUGUUCCUGCGGGCAAUCGGACGGCCAUUGCUGGCCAUAGUGAAGCAAACGACGGGGAUCGUUGGAUUGGACGUGGUCCCGAAUGCGAGAGCUGUUUUGAUCAAUCUAUACACUAAAACCCUAAAAGAGAUCAAAGCAGUGCCGGAAGAUGAAGGAUACCGUAAAGCAGUGGAGACUUUCACGAAACACAGGCUUACAGUCUGUGAAGAAGAAGAAGAAUGGGAGAAGAUUGAAGAACGGAUUGGCUGUGGUCAGGUCGAAGAGCUUAUCGAAGAAGCUCAGGAUGAACUCAAGCUCAUCGGAAAAAUGAUCGAGUGGGAUCCUUGGGGUGUUCCUGAUGACCAUGAAUGUGAAAUUAUAGAGAAUGAUGCUCCCAUUCCUAAGCAUGUCCCAAGGCAUAUACCUGGUCCUCUCCCUGCAGAGUUCUACCAGACACUCGAGGCUGUGCUGACAAAACGUGUGGAACCAAAGGGUGCACCUGCUGUCACAUCUGGUGAAUCGCAGUCAAAGGCGUAACAUGCCGCCGACAGUCAUUUUGGGAAACACUGAACUUGAACCUGUUUCUUUGCUGAUAAUUUCUUGUUCGUGUUUGUUUUCUUGUAUUCCCUAUUUUCCAGAUUGAAUAGGAUUCGAUUUAUGAGACACGGGCUUGAAGCCUUGAACCAUUCGGGGAACAAUCGUGAAUGGGCGUAACAAUUAUUUUUUUUUCUUGUUUUUGUUUUUAUAACCCUCGCUCUUGCUUCAUGGGUAAAUAAUACAUCUGGUAUUCGAUUGGUC